AUGGAAUCAACUGUAAUACAAGAAAGAAAAGAAUCAAGUAUCAAUUUAGGUGAAGCUCCAGUAUUUGUUCUUACUUAUUUUAAUGUACCUAGAAAAAAAAAUGUUUUACAAAAAGUUUGUGAUGAAUGUUUUGAGACUGCUCUUAAACAUCAAGAAAAAAUGUGUCAUUUAUUAAAAAAUAAUUUUUCACUUUUUGAAGCUGAGUUUCCUAAACAAAAAGAUGAUGUAGUCGUUAUGGAUUCAGUGGAAGAAAUAGCAGAAGAAAAAAUUCUUCCUGAUUCAGUAGUAUCAGUGGUAGAAGAACACUUGGAAGAAUUACUUAAAGAUGCUCUAAACAAAUAUGAUAUUGACUUUCAAAUUGAAAGCGGCCAAAAAAUCCUCACCAAAAAAAUCGAAGAACUUGAAGCAUCCAGGAAAAUAUUAAAUGAUGAGUUAUUGUCUAUUGAAAAUCAAGUAAAGGAAUCAAGGUCAGCAAUUUACAAAGCAUUUUCUCCACAAAUUAAGGAAUUGCAACCCUUAAAUUUAAAUGAUAGUAUUAAUCAAUCAUAUGGUAAAAAAUUAAGAAAGUCAAUGGCCGAUGCGUUAAAUAAAAUUUUACCGUAUAAUUCUGCACCAAACGUUCCUAUAUCGGUAAACGCAGAACCUGAAAAUUUUGAAUCUCAUGAAGUUGUAACUUUACGAGAGGUAGAAGUUCCCAAAGUAAAACUUCCGCCCAUUGGUGCAUUAAAUUAUCCAUCGGUUAAUGUUGGAACUUUGGUUUAUGUUAUAAAAGACACCGUUUUUGGAGUGUGGGUGAAAGCUAAAGUUGUUGAAGUCUUGAAGCGAGAAAAUGAUGGAGUAAGCAAUUUUCGCGUUCAGUUUGAAUCUUCUCAUCAGGGAAUAGGUCAAAAAAUUGUAUCGGGAAAGGAAAUAGCUUACAGAAAACCAUCUUCAGUUCGUUAUCCGGUCGGAACGAGGAUAGUGGCAUUAUUUCACAAUUCGAAAGCUCCCUCAAAAAGUGCUUUUUAUGCUGGAAUUAUUGCCGAACCUCCAAAAAUUCUUAAUAUGUUCAGAUAUUUAGUGUUUUUCGAUGAUGGCUACGCUCAAUAUGUUACACACCAUAAAAUUAUGUUAGUAUGCGAAUGUUCUAAAUUUGUAUACGAAGAUUUUCAUUCAGACAGUAGGGAUUUCAUUAAAAGUUAUCUGGAUCAGUACCCGGAAAGGCCAAUGGUUAAAUUGCAGAAAGGACAAUUGGUUAAAACCGAAUGGAAUGGAAAAUGGUGGAUGGCACGAGUGCUAGUUGUCGACGGUUCUUUAGCCAAGAUGCAUUUCGAAGCAGAUAAUAGAACAGAAUGGAUAUAUCGCGGUUCAACUCGAUUAGGUCCUUUAUUUCAGGAAUUGGUAGCUGCGGAAGCUCGGAAAGAGCAAGGUGCUCUUUCGAGGCAUCGAGGUUUAGGAAUCGCUUCUUUGAAAAAAGUAAAGUCUAAUUUUACAAAAAACAUGCCCUACGUUGAAUACAGCGUUGAUCAAGAUGAUAAACUACCUCAGUCUUCGAGUUUAAGUAAAAACGUUGCGAGAAAAAGUUCAGUUUCCAAAUUGAAUCAUCAAAAUGAUAACGCUUGUGAAAAACCGGUUGAUCGGUUUCGUUUUAAUGAAAAAAAAGAGAUUAAUACUAAAGGUUACAUAAGGACAAUGGCUCUUCCAAGAAGAAUAUGCGGUCAAAUAUUUGUUCCGCAUCAAUGUGGGCCAUCUUGCGUUGAUUGGACAAAUUUUUCACCUGCCGUGUGUAAAAACAUCAGUCCAUUGGCUAUCCCACUUUUAUACGGAUAUGAAAGGCAAAUCACCCGUUGCAGAAGUAGAAAAUCAGUUUCUUAUCGCGGUCCAUGUGGUAGAAGGAUGAGAAACAUAAUAGAAAUGCAUCGAUAUUUAAGAAUAACAAAAUCAAUGAUGGGUUUAGAUUACUUUGAUUUUGAUCCAAGAGUUCAUGUGUUGGACGAAUUUCAUCUUGAACCCAGCAUGUAUUGCACUCACGAUAUAUCUUACGGUCAUGAAAAUGUACCCGUGUCUUGCGUGAACGAAAUAAAUCACAGUUGGCCAUCAUUUAUGGAUUAUUCAACAUCAAGAAUUCCUCAAGAAGGUGUUAAUAUUUGUUACGAUGAAGAAUUUUUAGUUUGUUGUAGUUGCGUUGACGAUUGUUUGGACAAAGAAAAGUGUGAAUGUUGGCAAUUAACUUUAGAAGGUGCAAAAUAUGCAUUUAAAGAUCAAAUCGAUUCGAAAAUAGGAUACCAACACAAAAGACUUCUUGAACCAUUGACCACUGGAAUCUAUGAAUGCAAUCAAAGAUGCAAAUGCGGACCGACUUGUUUGAAUCGAGUUGCUCAACAUCCGUUACAAUUGAACCUUCAAGUUUUUAAAACAUUAAAAAAAGGUUGGGGUUUAAGAACUUUGAACGAUAUACCUCAGGGUGGUUUUAUUUGCAUUUACGCCGGACGUUUGCACACCGAGCAAAGCGCAAAUGACGACGGAAGGAUGUACGGUGAUGAAUACCUCGCCGAAUUAGAUUACAUUGAAGUUGUCGAAAGGUACAAGGAAGGCUACGAAAGUGAAGUCAUCGAACCCGAUUUCGAAAAUGAUGAUGAAGAUGAAAAACAAAAUUGUACGAUGGACGCUGAUAGGAGCUACGAUGAACAAGAUGAAAGUUUGAUGAAUAACGACGAUAUAGAUUACGUACCUGAAGGUUUGAGUAGAAUCCCAGACACGGAAAACAUAGUCAAUACUCGAGGACGAAAUAAAAAAAUUACGUCGGAAGAAAAAUCGGAAAGUGAGGGAGAAAAAGAAAAAGAAGACGCGGAUAACGAUAGAGAUUCAGAAAACGUGGAGGAUGACGAUGAUGAAAUCAGUAAAAAACCUUCAAAAUUUACUGCUGCCGUACCUGUGACCGAAGAUCAACCCAAAUACAGAUCGGUGAGAGAAAUGUUUGGUGAUGGCGCAGAUGAUUGUUACAUCAUGGAUGCUAAAUCAAGCGGAAACAUCGGAAGAUAUUUAAAUCAUUCCUGUCAGCCGAACGUGUUCGUUCAAAACGUUUUCGUCGACACUCACGACGUCAGAUUUCCAUGGGUUGCUUUCUUUGCACUUUCCUACAUAAAAGCUGGAACCGAAUUAACCUGGGAUUAUAAUUACGACGUUGGAAGCGUACCUGGAAAAGUUCUCUACUGUUACUGCAACAGUGCCGAAUGCAGGGGAAGAUUAUUAUAA